AUGUCUAGUUCAGAAAGGUCAGAGGUCAAGUUUGACAAGCAUUUUAAUUGGUGGUCGCUACUAGGUAUCGCGUUUUCAUUGAGUUGUUCAUGGGUCGGUAUUUCUGCAUCGAUGGCCGUUGGUAUUGCCAGUGGAGGACCAUUGCUCAUCAUCUAUGGAUUGAUUAUUGCUGCAUUCUUCAGUCUUAUGUGCGGUAUAUCUUUAGGAGACUUUGCUGCUAUACUCCCAAAUAGCAGCGGUGGUUCAUUUUGGGUUCUUAAAAUGUUGGAACAAGAAUCAGUGGCUUUGAAAACCCCCGAGUACGAGGAUACUUCUGACGAUGAUGGAGAAGUUUUCCUCGAAAAUUAUUGUCAAACCGCUAACGUGGAAGUCUGUUCCAAAUUUCAAAAGGUCUCGUCCAUGGUCGUAGGGUUGCUGAAUUAUUUUGGAGCUAUUUUCACCACGGCUAGUAUCUGCUCAUCUUUAUCUAUGAGCUGCAUUGGGAUUCAUAAGUUGUUGCAUCCGGAUUAUGAGUUGAAGCACUGGCAUGUUUUUGUUGGUUAUCAAUGUAUUAAUGCCAUUUUAACAUUUUUUAACAUAUACUCAUCUCCAUUGCCCUACAUUUCGCAGUUUGGACUUUAUACAUCUCUAUUGUCAUUCGCCAUGACUUUCAUCAUUUGUAUUGUUUCAAGAUCUAACAACACUGUAGAAAAAUGGCCCAAGGCUUCUAAUAUAUUUGGCAGUUUUGAUAAUCAGACAGGUUGGAAUUCUUCAGGAAUGGCAUUCGUUGUGGGUCUGGUCAAUCCCCUUUGGGCAUUUGUUGGCAUCGAUUCUGCUACACACAUGAUAGAUGAAGUUGGUUACAGCAGGUCGCGUUUCUUGGUCCCCAAAGUUAUUAUCACAACCAUCAUUGUCGGUUUUGUGACUAGUUUUAUAUAUUGUGUCGGUUUAUUUUUCUGCAUUACUGACAAAACGGCGGUUGUUGAAUCUAUUCUACCUAUUGUAGAAAUAUUCUAUCAGGCUACAGGUAAUAGAAAUCUCAGUGUCUUCCUACAAUGUAUGUGUAUUACAACAGGAUUCAUUUCGGGUAUCGCAAGUGGAACUUGGCAAAGUCGAAUCCUUCAAUCGUUUGGGAAAAGUUACGCACCAUUUUAUAACGAAGGUUCACUGGGAAACAAGUCCUUGAAGAGGUUAUCAAUUUUGACACCCAAGUUUAAAUCUCCAUUAUAUGCCCACUUUCUGUCGCAGAUUUGCGUAACGAUAAUUGGUUGUAUCUUCAUGGGAUCUAGCACCGCUUUCAACGCCAUCAUCACAGCAUGCAUCACCUUGCUGCUGAUGUCCUACGCAGUUCCUUCUUUUAUAUUCGUCUUUGUUGUCAAUAAGGAAAAAUUCAUCUAUAGAAUUGAGAAUGACGUUAAUGGUAUUAGUAGGCCUAACCGUCGUCGUAUGUCUAUGGUUCCCCAUAUUAUAUGCAUACUAUGGACCUUAUUCUGUCUGGUAUUUUUGUCUUUCCCGUACACACUUCCAGUUACUGCAGGAAACAUGAAUUAUACUUCGGUCGUGUAUGCGGUAGUUUUCUGUAUCAUCAGCAUUGUUGUUUUUCCUGCAUGCAUCUAA